AACACACGUCGUAUUAAAAAUAUACGCGCAUUUGUGAAUAUCUAACGUUCGGUUACGUUUGGAAAUUCAAAAAAACUCACUUAAUUUAGUCGCUGUUAAGACAUUUGUUGGUUCGAACGUGCUGUUUAGAUUGUGCCUUAAUAUCAUUCAAUAUUUCUACAGAAAUACAUAAAAUAUAUUUCUCGAUUAAUAUAAUUCAAUUAAUUUAAUAAAACUGCUGUUUUUUGGUUUUUUGUAACACUUUUUUGGCGCUCAUCAAGUUUCUUUAGACGAAAGUUAUAGUUUUCGUCUAUUGGUAAAUCGAAUAAACAACGAACAGUGUUCUGUGCCUUAUAAAUUGAACAGAAAAAUACGGCCUUAUUUUCUGCACUAAGCUUAUAUUAGUGGUAUACUACCAAUCGAAAUCAGCAUUCACACAAUGACAAAAUACGGAUUUUUGAUCGUAGCUGCUGUUGUAGCAGUCACAUUCCAAGAAGCAUCUGCCUUAAAAUGCUGGAGAUGUUCAUCGGACGCUAGCAAUGCUGCCUUCUGCGAUGAUCCUUUCGAUCAAAGUAUAAUCACAGAACAACAAAGACGAUGGAGUUACGUCGAAUGUAGCUUCCCACCGACACAAGUCAAUCCAUACACUUCAGCUGGACAGACCAGAGCUGUUUGCAAGAAAGUCAAACAAUUGAUCAACGACAAAACAGUUGUAUCCCGUUCGUGUUUCUGGGAGGAUGUGAACGCUCCACGAGACUCAUGCUACAGCACCAACACACCAUCGUACAUCAAAACCGAAUACUGUCAAACAUGUACCACAGACGGAUGUAACGGUGCCGGUCAAUUUGCACCCAUCGCUAUGCUCGUAGCAAUUCCAGCUGUCAUCGCAAAAGUACUUGUUUUGUGAACGAAAUAAGUUAGUUUUUAAAUGAAAUAAAAACCCACGAAAUAUUUCAAAAUAAAAUGUUUUAUCGUCAAAAGGAGAUGCGUUUAAUUUAUUUAGUUUGUUUAAAUUCCAAAUUUUGAGUUUAACGAAAAAAAAGCAAUUUACUUUUAACGACAGUUGUAAAUUUUUUACGUUUAAAAAUUACGUUUAUUUUUACCAUUAAAUAAAAAUUCGAUUUAAUAUUAAAAUGGAAUCACAUUAAUAAGCAAGAAUAAUUCAUAAUUAUGAUGAAAUUAAAAGACUAUCAAUAAUUCACACGUCCCCACCUUUUCACCUAAUUGAAAUGAAUCCCAGAUUUGAUUUUAAAAAUAACAGAGAAAAUAUCACACGUCCAUUUCAAUUAACAAAACAUUGAUUUCGUACACACAAAUCGUACUUAUAUUGGAACAAAAAAUAAAUAAAUUUCUUAGAAUAUAAAAUGCAAUAAAGUGAAAUAAAAAUUUAGAAAUUUCUUUGAAUUAAAAUUAGCAACGCAAUUUGUAUGCAAAAUAAAAGUUCGUCGUUAUCACUAACCAGUUUUGUUUUUUAAAUUUUUUUUCUUUUCCUAAUUUUUCAAUUUAUGCAACACAUUUUAUCGCACCAUUCAGUGCAAAGUAUUGAGUUUUCGGCAAUUUGGCUUUCAAUUUAGAUUGUAGAAGCAAAACAAAAAUUCUCUAGGAGAUAACAACUCGGUGCCUCUUCUUUAAAAUUGUAUUUUCAUCAAAGUUAUUAUAUCAAAAUGGUAUUUCAACCAUCGCUAACUCAGAUAAUUUUAAUUUGUAUUGUAAGAAAUUGAUGUUACAGAAUUGUUGUACUUUUGUGUUGAUGUAAAUAAAAGCAAAAAAAAAAGAUGGAUGAAA